ACGACACGUGCAUCGGCUGUUGCUGCUAGUGGCGAACGUUGUGUUCGCCUGUAAUGCUUAAUUUGUUGACAAUUACUUUUACGUGAACUUGUGUGGAGUGCCACAUAUCAUUUGUAAAUGGGAGGUCUUCAAAAGAAAAAGUUUGAGAGGGGCUCUGCCACCAACUACAUCACCAGAAACAAAGCUCGUAAGAAGUUACAGCUGAGCCUCCCAGAUUUCAGGCGACUGUGCAUCCUUAAAGGCAUCUACCCACAUGAGCCCAAGCACAAGAAGAAGGUCAACAAGGGCUCUACAGCCCCGAGGACCUUCUACCUGCUCAAAGACAUCCGCUUUCUGCUGCAUGAGCCAAUUGUUGGCAAGUUCAGAGACUACAAGGUAUUUGUACGCAAACUUAAGAGGGCUUAUGGAAAAACAGAGUGGUCUGCUGUGGAGAGACUGAGGGAGAACAAACCAACAUAUAAAUUGGACCACAUCAUCAAAGAAAGGUACCCCACCUUCAUCGAUGCUCUCCGUGAUAUCGAUGAUUCCCUCUGCAUGUGCUUCCUCUUCUCCACCUUCGCCCGAACAGGAAAAUGUCACGUUCAGACGAUCCAGCUGUGUCGACGCCUCACUGUGGAGUGGAUGAACUUUGUGAUUGCUUCUCGUGCGCUCAAAAAGGUUUUCCUCUCCAUCAAGGGGAUAUAUUACCAAGCUGAGGUGAUGGGACAGCUCAUUACAUGGCUGGUGCCAUAUCAGUUCUCUCAUGAUCACCCAACAGAUGUCGACUACAGAGUGAUGGCAACAUUCACAGAGUUGUACACCACACUGCUGGGGUUCGUCAACUUCAGACUCUACCAUUCCCUCAACUUGGUGUACCCACCAAAGCUGGACAGUAAAACAGAGUCAGAGCUAAAGGAAGAAGAUGAGGAUGACUAUGCCAUGAAUUCUGAAAGCUACUUAGAGAAACUGUCAGCUCUGAGUGCCAGUCUGGCACGGGUGGUUUCUACUGCAGAAGAGGAGGAGGCUGAGCUUGACCAGUUUCCUGUUGAGGGGGAGGACAUAGAAAAGAUGGAGGCCAGGGAAAAGGAACAGAAACAGCAGGAGAUUCAGAAAAAGCUUUUUGAGGGGCUGAAGUUCUUCCUAAACAGAGAAGUACCCAGAGAAUCGUUGGCCUUUGUCAUCAGGUGUUUUGGUGGUGAGGUGUCCUGGGACAAGUCUGUUUGCAUUGGUAGCACAUACGAGGUGACUGAUGAGACCAUCACACAUCAAAUUGUUGACAGACCCAACGUCGAUAAACAGUAUAUCAACAGGUACUACAUCCAUCCCCAGUGGGUGUAUGAUUGUGUCAAUGCCAAAAUCGUGCUGCCCGUGGAGGACUAUUUCCUUGGAGUGACUCUGCCCCCCCACCUCUCUCCCUUCGUGGAGGAGAAGGAGGGUGACUAUGUGCCCCCUGAAAAACUGAAGAUCAUGGCCUUACAGCGAGGAGAAAAACCUGCCCAUGAACAGGAGGAAGAGGAAGAGGAAGAAGAGGAAGAUGGUGAGGGUGAGGAUGAAGAGGAGGAAGAUGAUGACAAUGAAGAAGAAGAUGAUGAAGAUGAAGAGGCAGAAGAGAAGAAUCUCAAGAAGUUGGAAGAACAAAGAUCCCAGGGCAAGUCUCUGCAAGUCAAAGUGACGGCUGGCAAAGUGAAGGUAGAAAACCCAGCACGUUUGGAGCAGGAGGAGAAAGCUGAGGAGAAACGUCUGGCCAUCAUGAUGAUGAAGAAAAAGGAAAAGUACCUCUACGACAAGAUCAUGUUCGGAAAGAAGAGAAAAGUCCGAGAGGCGAACAAGCUGGCUGCCAAGAGGAAGGCCCAUGAUGAUGCUGAAAAAUCAAAGAAGAAAAAGAUGAAAAAAUGACUCCUCUGAUGUAUUUCUCAGACUGACUUUUUGCAUUUAACUCCAUGACAUAGAGUGCAUUACAGGCUUACAUGACCUGGAAGUGCAUAAGAGAGCUCUGUGGGUGAGUUUUAUGCACCAUGACUUGUUUGCAUUGACCUCUGCGUAAUUUCAAGAUGAAAUGCAGAAUGUGGAACAUGCUAAUUGUGUAAUUAUUAUUGUAAAAGUGAGCGUUUUAUGUUUGUAUGAACUGUUCUACAUUACACAACAUAUUACUUCCUUCUUUAAGGUCUGUACUUGAAACAGUCUGUAUUUUAAAAUAAAAAUCUAUUA